GCGAACACUGCGGUUUGAGAAGAGCCCACCUCCAUGUGAAUGCGUGCGUGCUCGCCACCCUUCUGUUGUUCUCUCACCAGAGCGUGCACGCACGCGUUUAUCCCCACCUCUCAAUGUAUUUCCAGCGUCUGUUGGACUUGUAAAGACACCGCGUCGGAUUGCGAAUACAGAUGGAGAUCUGCACUGAUGUCUGAUGGCCACCGGCGCACCCGAGCCGCGCGAAAGCACACGAGUCAACUAUGAUACGCGCGAGACACUGGCAUGUGUCAGCAGUGCCCAGCUGUGCCCUGAUGGGGAACUUAGAGGAACUGGCUGAGAAAUAGAGUUGUUUGGAUAUCACAGGAAAAGCUGCCCGUGGAAAUGAGUCCUGAAGAGAAACCAAAGAGGCACUUUACCAAUGUGUGUCUAUGGAGAGAGAAGUGCGGACUUUCUGUUUUCUCUACGAGAAAAGGAAACUUAAAUGACUUCUGACCAUAAAGCUCGCCUCUGAUCUGAACGGUAUCAUGGCUUCUCCUCAACAUCAACAUCUGCUAUUACACAACAGCGAAGUAAGCUGCGACUCCGGCGGCGAUGGUGCUGUGUCCGUGCGGAUCAGCGGCACCAAACCACACAAACAGCAGCGUGGGAGUCUGGGCGCCAGCGCCAUGUGCAGCAUCAUCGGGGGCUCCAAACAUUGCAAGUACAGCAUCUCCUCCAGCUGUAGCUCCGGCGAAUCUGCCAUCCGCAAGCCAGUGGUCAAAGGUUUCCGGACUCAAAGGAAGAUGCCGCAGCUGUUCGAGAGGUCGGCUGGACACAUCUGGAACCCCAAGUUUGACUCCAACAUUCUGGAGGAAGCCUGCCGCGAGCGAUGCUUCCCUCAGACACAAAGACGUUUCCGCUGUGUGUUGUUGUACUUGGUGGCAGCCAGCCUCCUCUGGGGACUGUUCUUCAUCUCUAAUGCUAAUCGAUGUGAACGGACUGCCUUCUUAUUGCCCACGGCCUCCUUCCUACUCCUUUGUUCUGUCCUGUUUGUCUUCACGUUCACCCGGUUCUACGUCCACUGCUACAAUCAAGCCUCGCUGUUGCUCAUCGUGGUGACAUUUGCCCUCACUCUUGCACCUCAGAUCCAGACUCCAGGAUUUAGUGACUUUAAUGUUCCUCCUUUAAAGGAUGAAGAGUACACAGGCAACUUCACUGGCCCUGAGGAUAAAAACCUGACAUUUGAAGUCAUCCGCAGUGGAGGUCCAGUAGCCCCUUGUUUAUCCCCAGUUGGCACCUUCUCUCUAGGCAUGGAGGUGCUUUCAUUGCUGUACAGUUUCCUCCACGUCCGUUUGUAUGCUUCGCUCUUGCUCGGCCUGCUCUACUCAGUGCUUUUUGAGACGCUUGGCUGGAUGCACUUGAUUCAAGGCAAUGGCUGGAGGAACUCCUCUGAGGAACAAUUGGAAACGCUCUACUGGCUGAUCCCUGGAAGGGCCAUUUUGCAUAUCUGCGCCCACGUCAUUGGUAUCCAUCUUUUUAUUAUGUCUGAAGUGCGUUCACGCAGCACGUUUCUCAAGGUCGGCCAAGCCAUCAUGCAUGGGAAAGACUUGGAGGUGGAAAAGGCCCUGAAGGAGCGCAUGAUCCACUCGGUGAUGCCUCGUAGGGUGGCUGAUGAGCUCAUGAAGCAGGGCGACGAUGACAGUGACUAUUCGGUGAAGCGCUACUCGACGGGAUCGGCCAUUGCAGGCGCCUCCAGUCCUAAGAGCACCAAACGCAAGAAGACGUCGAUUCCUCGGGGUCAGAUCAUCUUUCGGCCGUUUAAUAUGAAACGCAUGGAGCUGGUUAGCAUCCUGUUUGCGGACAUUGUGGGAUUCACCAAGAUGAGCGCCAACAAGUCGGCACACGCCCUGGUGGGACUUCUCAAUGACUUAUUUGGACGAUUCGAUCGCCUGUGCGAGCUCACUUGUUGCGAGAAAAUCAGCACGCUGGGAGACUGUUACUAUUGUGUGGCUGGUUGUCCCGAACCAAGAGAUGAUCACGCCUACUGUUGCAUAGAGAUGGGGCUUGGGAUGAUCCAGGCCAUUGAGCAGUUCUGUCAAGAGAAAAAGGAGAUGGUGAACAUGCGUGUUGGCGUCCACACGGGCACUGUACUUUGCGGGAUCCUUGGCAUGAAGCGGUUUAAAUUUGACGUCUGGUCCAAUGAUGUCAACCUAGCCAAUCUCAUGGAGCAGUUGGGUGUCGCUGGGAAGGUUCACCUUUCGGAGGCCACGGACAAGUUCUUGGAUGACCGUUACUUGCGAGAAGAUGGCCGAGUCCCAGAAAGGAUUGGACCAAGUGUGGUUGCAGAUCAGCUUAAAGGUCUCAAGACGUAUCUGAUAUCCGGGAGGAAGGUGAAGCUGGCUCAGUGGAGCUGUCCUCCAUCUGCUCUGGUGGCUCCUGAGCUCAGAAAGUCUGUGAGCGCCUCGUCCUUCAGCCACAGCUCUGACAUCACUUCCUCUGCCUGUGCUCUGACCCCUGCCCCGGACACAGCUAAGUCGGCCUGCCCCUCGUGUGGUGCGUUAGCUUCUGAGGACGGGGCGCUUCACAGCAACAGCUGCUCAGAUCCUGAUCACAAAACCACCAACAGCAAGGGGCCGCCUGGCAGGGGUCCCAACACCCUUAAUGGCCUGUUAAGCCCUCAUCUGGAGCAGCCGCUGACCCACAGCCAGACGUCUCUGUGUGAGAUGCUGCAGGAGAAGGAGAAGAAGUGGCCCGCAGGAGGCAUCAGCAGCAUGGGAACCAUGCCCCACUCCGCCCUCAUCCCACUGCGCUCCAAAAACUUCCGUGAGAGGAGCGACGCUCACUUCGUGGACGUGAUAAAGGAGGACAGUCUGAUGAAAGAUUACUUCUUCAAACCUCCCAUCAACAAGUUGAGCCACACUUUCAUAGACAAAUCCCUGGAGUCUGCUUACAGGACCAGCUACCAGGAUGAAGUGAAGACACAGACUCCUGUCCAGACGUUUGCCAGUCCAACGUUCAGCUCGUUCUUAGACAUGCUCCUGUGCUGCUGUGUUCUGCUGGCUCUCUCUGUGGCCUGCUUCCUGCGACCGCUGGUUACCCAGAAGCCCCUGCCCACACCUGCUCUUAUAGUGGCUGCAGUCGCAGCUGUGCUGGAAUGUUUGGCUCUAGUGCUGGCAAUACGAAGAGCCUUUUACCUGGACCGUGUUCUGGACUGCACCAGGACCCUCCUCUGGGCCAUUUCCGGCUGGGUUCCCCGUCACAUGAUCGGAGCAGUGCUGGUGUCUUUACCUGCCGUGGCUGUGUUUUCUCAUAUCACCUGCGAUAUGCAUGACUCCAUUCAGUUCACCAUGUUCACCUGCUGUGCUGUCAUAAUUGCCAUCAUCCAGUACAGCAAUUUCUGCCAGCUCAGUUUCUGGAUGCGUUCAAGCCUGGCGACGCUAGCGGGAAUCACUUUUCUCAGUGUGCUCUGGAGCCCCCCUUGCAGCACUUGGGAACAUUUAUUUUUGAGAUCCAGUGACUUCAACAGCAGCUUUAUUGAGGUCCAGUCCCCCGCUGAGGAUUCAACCCGACUGCAGGACCUGCUCGGCCCAGAAUCUCUGGUUUCCUUUUUCCUGUUGCUCCUCCUCGUUUGGUUCCUCAACCGCGAGUUCGAGGUGAGCUACCGUCUACAUUACCACGGCAAUGUGGAAGCGGACCAGCACCGCAUCAAGAUCCAAAACAUGCGGGACCAGGCCGACUGGCUCCUGCGCAACAUCAUCCCCAUCCACGUGGCCGAGCAGCUGAAGGUGACCCAGAGCUACUCGAAGAACCACGACAACGUGGGCGUCAUCUUCGCCAGCAUCGUCAACUUCAGCGAGUUCUACGAGGAGAGCUACGAAGGCGGGAAGGAGUGCUACCGCGUCCUGAACGAACUCAUCGGGGACUUCGACGAACUCUUGCGCAAAUCCGACUUUUCCAAUAUCGAGAAGAUCAAGACGAUCGGCGCCACAUACAUGGCGGCGUCGGGGCUCAAUACACAACAGUGUAGCGAUCAAGCCCACCCACACGCUCACCUGCGAGCGCUUUUCGAAUUUUGCUUAGAAAUGAUGCGCGUGGUGGACGAUUUUAAUAAAAACAUGCUUGGCUUUAAAUUCAAGUUGCGAAUUGGGUUCAACAACGGACCCCUUACCGCCGGAGUCAUCGGUACCACAAAGUUACUCUACGACAUCUGGGGCGACACGGUGAACAUCGCCAGCCGGAUGGACACGACUGGAGUUGAGUGUCGCGUUCAGGUUAGCGAGGAGAGCUACUGCGUGCUCAGUGGAAUGGACUACGAGUUCGACUACCGCGGUACUGUCAACGUGAAGGGCAAGGGUCAAAUGAAGACUUACCUUUACCCAAAGAGCUCAGACAGCGGACCUGUCCCUCAAUACCAGCUCUCGGUCUCUCCGGAAAUCCGAGCGCAGGUGGACGGCAGCAUUGGACGCUCGCCCACCGAUGAGAUCGCCAAUAUGGUCCCAGCGGCCAGCGCUAGUAAAGUAGCUGCCUCAUUCUCUGUGAGCUCAGGGCUUACCGGACAGGGAUUCACUGGGAGAGACUUACCCCAGAAGCUUGGAAGCAAUGGCACGUCCAAGACUCAACGAUCUGUGUCUGCCCUAGGCCUGACUUGCAUACCGGAAACCAACUUGAGAUCAAGUCCAGCGGUUCUCGGUAAACCACCGGACCCGACUUUGACCUCUCCUACUGUCCGAGGAGAAAACACAGAAGCUGUUGCAAAAAUGGAGGGAGAAAUAGCGUAUAUGGGCGAAAUGACAAAACUUUGACUUGAAACAAGCCAACAUUGUUGUCGCUGUUGAAUUUACCCUUUAAAAUCACAGGCUCUCCAUUGGGUUUGUAGUGAUGUUUAGGGAUGUAUGUUAGCGUUGCAUCCGUGUAUGUGGAAAGUUUAAACACACCACCUUGAAGUGUUUAUAGCGCUAGUUGAACCAGGAGAUACUGUCACAUCUGGAUGGUGGCGGUGGUAGACUGUAAAAGCUCAGAGGAGCCAUAGAAACCAUUUCUACAUGGGAUGAGAAAUUCUGAGGAAAUGCAUUACGUCUGAAGUCACAUCCUUAAGUAGUUUAUUUUUGAAUAUUAUUUCCCUCUAGCUCUUACUACUGUCUGCCUUUCGUGAGUGGUUUUCUUUUAAUGAAGUGCCUUUAGGAUGAUGGCAUUUUUAAUAAAGGUUUCUCAAUCAAAUCUUUAGCUGAAGAUCAGAAGGGUUAAGCAUGUAAAUUUGACGUUAGAAAGUGCUUUGAUUUUUGUGAAAGUAUUUGAUUUAUUUUGGAAUAUUGGUAGAUAUUUGAGAUCUCUCUGUUGGACAUUCAUCAAUCAGUAUUCAACACAAUUUUACAAAACAAAACUCUAUAUUCCGAUGAUUGCUGUUUUAAAAAGACCUAAGAUAAAACCAUCGCGUUGAAUGGUGCAUGGCCUAAAGUACCUGUAAAGAAGUAUUAGCGAAAUGUAGAGCAAGCUAUGGGCUAAAAUCAUCUACAAUCAACGAUUUCAAGCAUUUCUACAGUGUUUAAUAUUGAUGCAUGUAUUCCUACCUGUCUGAUUAUGGCCUUUCUGUCUCUUUUCCCGUGAUUUGUCCUGUUGCUCUGCACUUUGCAGCUAAAGGCUUGAUUGGUUGAACAACACCUGAAUUUCUGAUGAAAUCGAACAGUGAGUACUAAGACGACGUGGCAACUCUGUGUUAAUGCAAAUGAAAAGGACAAAAAUGCAUUCAUGAAUUAGCAUAAAAUACAAAAAUGGGCAUUGGUUUUAAGAUAUAGACUCGUUUGCUUACGAAUCAACAUAAAAUCAACAUGAGCUCUUCUAAAAAAAAAAAUCAUUCCUAGUUUCAUUCUGGGGCGGGUUGCAUAAACUGCCUAGACUAGUCUUAAAAUGUUAGUCAUCUAAAUAAUUUUUUUUCAAGACUGGUCAUAACUUUUAAAAGUCAGUUACAAAAAGGCAGACUGUUCUAAUGUGAAUCCAAAAAUUCGAUUACACCUUGGCUAACUUCUAGUUGGUCAAACUAGCUUGUGAGACGCAGUCUUAAUGACUGUCUUCUGCUGGACGAUUCAUCCGUGCACAUGGUCGAAAAAAGCAAGAAUGUUUGUCUUUGCAAUCUUUUAUCAAAAUUUAAACUUGCUCUGCCUCUGGAAUGACUUUUCUUUUCAGUUGAUGCCAUCUAGGCUGCACAGGCAUGGAAAAUAAUGGUAAUCAUUAGCUAAAUAACAUUGUUUUAGGCUUCUGUUGUAGGUAGUGCAGCAAUUAAAUAUUAAACUGAUUACAGCAAUAAUAGCAAAUAUUGAUAGAUUUGAAAACAACGCUUUAAAAUUGAAGGUACUCUGGUCAAAAAUCUUCAAAUUCUGAUGAAAAAUGCUUGUAUCAUCUACGUCAAUAACUGAUGGAUUAAAUUAAACCCUAUCCUACUUUUUUUAUGCGAUAUAAUGUUAAACUCAGAAUUACAUCAUGUGAGGAUUUGAGCAUGCUGUUUCAUGUGGGCUUUGAUUUUAAUUAUCGUGCGCUGACAUCUUGUGCGAUAAAAGUUAAUUCAGUUAGUUCAAAUGUGAAAAAAGAAACUUUGACUGUACUCAAAUCUAAAGAGAUAAAUAAUUAAGUCACCAUAGUGGCAUAACGGUUGCAAGAACUGGCAAUAAUCUAGGUAACAUAUAGCCAGUCAAAUGUACAGACUCAUGUGAAUAUUAGAGUAGAUUAGACCAAAGCCUUGACUCUGCCUGCUUGUCUGUUGAUGUGCAAUAGUAAAGGGUAAAUUAUUGUAUGGAAUAUUAGCAAAAGGAAGUAGAUUUCAAUCUUUUUAACAUUGAGCUUUGUGAGUAACUUAGUCUGCACUGACACUGCAUACAUUUCAUGACUGUCUCAUGAUUUAAGAAUAGAUGUUUUUACCUUUUGUCUAUGCUUUUCCUCUUAUCUUGGCUUUAUGAUGGGUGACCUAUAUUAGUUUAAAAGGGUUGUGUGCUCAACGAUUUCUCAUGCUUCACAUGCAGUGGUGAUAUUAAUGUGAGACAAUGUGAAAUCAUAACUUUUCUUGACACUGCUGUGAACUUGCAGUCUGCCAAGAACCAAUACAUUUAAAAGGGAACUGUUAUAAAGAGUGAUUGAUUUGUCAGUGUUUUGCAUUGUAUAUAUUAGUGCCUUUAACUCAUGCAUUGGCCAGUCAGAUGACAUCAUCCUGAUUAUCUGUUCAUUAUCAUACACUAAAUGCUCGUGUAGGAUAAAUGUCUUGUGAUCUUUAGCGCUGUGCCUUUUCUUAAUAAUUAGCUUGACGUGUCCAUUUUCACUGUUAUACUCCUUUUGAAUGUGAACUGCUCUUCAUUUGAAAUGUACAGGAUGAAUUAUUGUCAUUUUACUCUAAGGUGCCAUUCUAAUAUGUCAUUUUAUUCUGUGCUGAUUUUGAUACUGUUCAGUUGAUGUGAUUUUGGUGACACCAAGCAUAGCAAUCCAUGUAUUUAUAAUAUAUUUUAUAGGGCACAACUUUUGCUAAAUAAUGAAAGUGCCCUUGCUGUCUAGAGGGGGGAUGAGCACACAACCCUUAUGGGCUCGGUUUCAGAGUAAUUGAGCAAUAUAAAACUUGAUCCAACUAAAUAAGCAUUACACUUUAGCUUCAGAACAUAGCUUGACGAAGCACAUUUGUGUUUUUUAUCACUUGUUUAUGGAAAUGUGCUCCUUAUGAAGUUUCCAUUCCAUUACUUCUGUUUGAGACUUUGAGGACAUUCAAAAACACAUUUAGGUUGAAUGAAAGGGCUGAACUAAUGUAUGAUAACGGACACAUUUUUUUUAUUAUUUACAAUAAUUUGAGGAGGCCCAAUUGACGAUUCCAAGCAAUUUGUUGUAGGAAAUGUGCAUGUAAAAUUUCACACACAAAUGUGUGUGUUAACAGAAAUAUCACACACUGGGACAUCGUGCCAAAGAGGAUUCAAGAAUGUUUGAUUCUGAGUUUCUCUCAAGUUUCUUUGGAUCUAACUUCACUUAUAAACUCAAUAUGUAUUCAUUCGUAUAAAGUUUGUUUUUUUCUCCUAUGUUUGUUCAUAUGUAUUGCUCUGUGUGUUGACAUAUAUAUAUAUUUUUUUGUAUUAUUUAUAUCCGUGCAUGUGCCAUACUGUAACAUUAAAGCUAAUGGAUGAAAAGGGAAAGCCAAUAA